AUGGAAAAGGAGAAGGCAAGCAUGGAGGUAACGGAUUUGAAGGCGUUUAGCGAUCAAUACUUCAAAUCACUCCCGCCGGGAAUCCGGUUCCGGCCAACGGACGGAGAACUGGUGGAGUACUUGAAGAAGAAGGUUUUGAAGGAGGCGAUGCCUCUCCACCGGAUUAAAACCUGCAAUAUUUACCUAUACCAUCCCAAUGAUAUUUGCAGGCCGGAUGAUGUGGCGAGGGAGAAGGAAAGGUAUUUCUUCACCACGAGGAUUAAGAAGUAUCCGAACGGAGCAAGGCCGGACCGGAAAGCCGGCGAUGGGUAUUGGAAAGCCACCGGUAGGGAUAUGCCUAUCUCAUGCAAUGGCCAGCUAGAUGAGUGCGUUUUAGCCAAGAUCUAUGAAAAGACCACCGGUUCCAAGAAAACUGCUGGCCCUUCUUCUCCAUCUCAAGAUGAUAGCCAACAGAUUAUUCUGGACGGUUCAGAGCAGCUACCACCUGAAGAACAAGAUAAUCCGAUCUUGGAGCCAGAAAACACCCCCACGGCUGAGCAAGUAGCGGCGCCGCCGCCGCCGCAAUAUCCAUAUCACCAAAACCCCAUGCCGGAAGCCACCGCCGCCGCACACCACGGUUAUAAUACCUACAUGAUGAUCCCGGAACCAGAACCACUGCCACUGCCACCACCCGAAGCUCAAGAUUACCCGAUCUUGGAACCAAUACAAUCCCACAUGGCACCGCAAGUUGCGGAGCUGCCGCCAUUUCCACAUCAAGAAAACCCCAUGGACGAAGCUGCCGCCGCCGCCGCAUUCUACAGCUGGGAUGCCGGGAGCUAUGGAUUUGAAAGCCUGCAGACAGUUGACAAUUGUUAUGGUAUUAACAGUGGAGCUUUUGGUGGUUUUGAAGAGGACAAUAAUGACUUCUGGGGUUCUCAAAACGGCGGCCUGGAAGAUGUGGUAGCCAUGUAUGCAAGGCACAAACAAAACGAAAACGAGAAAAAAGAAUGA